AUGACGUCCUUUGCGCUGCCCUUGGAUAAACUCGGUUGCUCCUGUAAUCCAUCUCACAGCGAGCCCGAGCAUCACGAUGCUUGGCGGGAUUUACUCGACCAGUGGAAGGAUAAGCUUCAGGCAAGACUGGAGGAGGACUUGAUGAUGAUUCAAGAUAUACAACAAACCAUUCCUGAGAGCUCUGUUGUCAGUCACAAGCGCUGCCCAUCCACAGAGUUUUCAGCCGGACGCAGCUGUUUAGAUCCGGACGCAGUGCCGAUUCCUCCUCGGGUACAUUCUCAGGGCGUGCUGCUUGGUUUUACGUCGUUGACGGGGGAUAACCUGGACUGCGAGUCUCGAAGGCACGUUAAGCUUCAACUGCCAACAGAUCAUGCAGAAUCUGGUCGAGAUCAUCGAUUGUAUCAGAUUCACAGUAUUCGCUCCGCACCUGCAAGUUUCGUGUACUUCAGCGGUGCAGAGCGGAAACGCCUCGUGAUGCAACGAAGUGAGUAUUUGGAGUCAAACAUGGGGCCUUCGGAUGUGCAGCAUCAUGAGUUUCAACCGCUUGUUACUUGGACCAGAGGAGAGGACCCUGGCUUCAGAAUCAGUGGUGCAGAUGCAAAACUUCCGAGCUCUGACUUCGCAGAAGAUCUUAUGGUCGUGCAGGAAUACAACGGCUUCUUUCGUCAUUUCAUGAUCUUUCCGAGCAGCCCCUUGAAGCUGGCCUGGGAUUGUGCUGGGGCUGGGCUGAUCGUGCAUGACCUCUUCACAAUCUCCAUGCAAGUUUUCGAACCUCCAGAUACAGAUAUUUCAAACUUCAUGCAGUGGUUGAUUUUGACGUAUUGGAGCAUCAACAUGUUGAUCUCCUGCCUCGUCGGCUACAUAGACAAAGGGAUAUUCGUAAUGGUUCCACACAAAGUUAUUUUCCAUUACAUCAAAACUUGGUUUCUCAUCGACCUGAUCGUAGUCGGCUCAGACUGGAUAUUCUCACUCUCUGCAUCUUCGGAUGGAUCAUCUGAAUCCUCAGCUGGAAGCUCGGUCAAACUUCUACGAAGCCUCCGCCUCUUCCGCAUGGUGCGGCUCGUGCGAAUCCUACGCCUGAGGAAAACCAUGGAAAGCAUCAGCGAUUUGGUGGAUUCCGAGUACAUCAGCAUAGUUGUCAGCAUCCUGAAGAUGCUAGCCUUGCUCUUGAUUGUCAACCAUGUCAUAGCCUGUGUGUGGUUUUGGAUUGGCGACCUUCAUGGCGGAGGUGGAUGGAUCGAAGCACACCAGCUCAAUGAUGCAGCCUGGGACUAUCAGCAUCUGCAGCCUGCAAUAGUUCCAUAUCACCUAUAA